AUGGUAAAUGAAAGGAGGAUGCCCUCUCUGGGCUGGUUGAGCAUUUUAGCCGUGUUGUUCAUGGGCAGCGUAGAGGUCGGAGGUCAGUGCUGGGACAACAUCCGCUGCAGAGAUCUCAACUCUGAAGAUAACAUUCUGGAAUGUAUCCAGCUCUGCAGGACUGAUCUCACGGCAGAAUCCCCCAUUCUCCCUGGGGACGUCCACCUUCAGCCCCCCGCAGGCGACGGCCAAAACGCCCCCGCCGCCCUCCCGCCGAUUUCCCUGUCCCCGGCCGCAGAGGGGGAGGUGGCAACAGGAGAGGGAAAGGAGUCCGGACCCCGGCACGAAGACAAGCGCUCCUACUCCAUGGAGCACUUUCGCUGGGGCAAGCCAGUGGGCCGCAAACGCCGGCCUGUGAAAGUCUACACCAACGGGGUGGAGGAGGAGUCCGCCGAGGUUUUCCCCACGGAGAUGAGACGCGAGCUGACCAACGACGCAGACUACCCUCUGGAGGAGAGAGAGUUCAGCCUCCAGGAGAAGAAAGACGGCUCCUACAAGAUGAACCACUUUCGCUGGAGCGGACCCCCCGCCAGCAAACGCUACGGGGGCUUCAUGAAGUCCUGGGACGAGCGUAGCCAAAAACCCCUCCUCACGCUCUUCAAAAACGUCAUUAACAAAGACGGACACCAAAAGAAAGACCAGUGA